CUAGGCAUUUUCAUCGUAGUGGGUAUUUUGGAGCACGUCGAGUGAACAGGAUCCGGGUCUUCUUCCUCGUGGUCGGAGUUCUUAACACCAGUAACCAUGAGUUCGGGAGGUGGCUCUGGCAGGGGCAACAGCAGGGGCAAGGGCAGGGGCAAGGGCAGGGGCACUAAGUCUGUAUCGCGCUCGCAGAAGGCUGGACUGCAGUUUCCCGUUGGUCGAAUUGCGAGGUUCUUGAAGGCAGGCAAGUAUGCCAAAAGAGUUGGAACUGGAGCCCCUGUGUACUUGGCUGCCGUUAUGGAGUACCUGGCUGCAGAAGUUCUCGAGCUGGCGGGUAAUGCUGCGAGGGAUAACAACAAGAAGAGAAUUACCCCCCGGCAUAUUCAGCUGGCCAUCAGGAACGACGAGGAGUUGAGCAAGCUUCUCGGGCAAGUAACGAUUGCCGGCGGUGGUGUUCUGCCCAACAUCCACUCCGUUCUUUUACCGAAGAAAACGGCGAAAGGAGAUGGGAAGGCCGAUAUGGGAACGUGCUCGUCGCCGGCGAAAGGCGAUGGGAAGGCGGAAUCCCAUAUGGGAACGUGCUCGUCGCCGUAAUUUUGAGGUGUUUCGUCAGCCUUCAACCGUUUUAAAUGUCGGCAGGCACUCCCAUCC